CUCUCAUCAGGACUGAACAAUUUCCUCUGCCUGAACAUAUCCGCAAGACUUGAACAUAUCCGAGACUUGAACAGCUGUGAAUGAGUAACUCAAUUGGCUGCAACUAUCGAUUUCCCAAUCGGAGAAAAUGUGAGAGAAUUCCGCAGAUUUGGGAUGUACGGAUGGCCGGUCCGCGCACCCAGACACCACACCUCCCCAGAAGGCCCACCGACCGAGAAAUUGGAAACUUGGUUGACCCUUUAAGGUUUUGGCAACUAUAAUUGGCAUUACAUUACAAGUUAUUAUAGACAAAGGAAAUGUCUGGAGCUUCGGAUUUUUUAUCGAAAGGUAUAGACUUGGUCCAGAAAGCAAUCGAUGCCGAUACUGCAACAAGGUACGAGGAAGCCUAUAAAUUGUAUUACAAUGGAUUGGACUAUUUGAUGUUAGCUUUGAAAUACGAGAAGAAUCAACGAUCUAAAGAUUUGAUUAAAUCCAAGUUCACUGAGUAUCUUACGAGAGCCGAGCAAUUGAAGGAUCAUUUAGAGAAACAGGAGAAUAAUAAGUCGAAUCUGGCAGAGAACUCUUCGAGUAACGGGCUGACUAAAGCCAAAAAAUCAGGGGAAGAUGAUUCUGACGAUGCAGAAACCAAAAAAUUAAGAGGAGCAUUGGCAGGAGCCAUUUUGUCGGAAAAGCCAAAUGUUAGCUGGGAUGAUAUUGCUGGUUUAGAAGGUGCCAAAGAGGCUUUAAAAGAAGCUGUUAUCUUACCGGUUAGAUUCCCCCAAUUAUUUACGGGUAAUAGGAAACCCACUUCUGGUAUAUUAUUAUAUGGACCACCAGGUACCGGUAAAUCUUAUUUAGCGAAAGCCGUUGCUACGGAAGCUAAUUCGACAUUUUUUUCAGUAUCUUCAUCGGAUUUGGUUAGUAAAUGGAUGGGUGAAUCAGAAAGAUUGGUUAAACAAUUAUUCACGAUGGCUCGUGAAAGUAAGCCUUCUAUUAUUUUCAUUGAUGAGGUUGAUGCAUUAUGUGGACCUCGUGGGGAAGGAGAAAGUGAAGCAUCAAGAAGAAUUAAAACCGAAUUAUUGGUUCAAAUGAAUGGUGUUGGUAAUGAUUCAAGUGGAGUUUUAGUAUUGGGUGCCACCAAUAUACCUUGGCAAUUAGAUGCUGCCAUUAGAAGAAGAUUCGAACGAAGAAUAUAUAUUUCAUUACCAGAACUUGAAGCAAGAACUAGGAUGUUUGAAAUUAAUAUCGGUACAGUCCCCUGUGAAUGUUCAGCCCAAGAUUUCAAAGUAUUAGCAGAAAUGACCGAUGGCUACUCUGGUCAUGAUAUUGCUGUUGUGGUAAGAGAUGCUCUAAUGCAACCAAUACGUAAGAUUCAACAAGCCACUCAUUUUAAACCGGUUUUAAUUGAUGAUGAGGAAAAAUUAACUCCCUGUUCACCAGGGGAUGAAGGGGCUAAGGAAAUGAAUUGGAUGGAUAUUGGUACCGAUGAAUUAAAAGAACCAGACUUGACGGUGAAAGAUUUCAUAAAAUCAAUCAAAAAUAAUAGACCAACAGUUAACGCUUCAGAUAUCGAAAAUCAUAUCAAGUUUACUGAUGAUUUCGGUCAAGAAGGAAAUUAACCCAUUCAAUUCUGUUACGAUUCUACACGAUAUCUUUUCUUCAAUUUGUUUGCAUCGAUUUGCAU